AAAGAGGAGGGCAAUGGAGCUGCAGGGGAGACAACUUCAUUAAGUUGCGGCACAGCGGCUAUGCGGUCGUACAGCAACAGUGCGACCAGGUGGUCAGGUUUCACUCGUCAGCAUGGCCUGCGUUGGAUGUACACGCGCAGCUGCUGUUGGACACACCUUUUGUUCUAUCCGCAAAUAUCCACUGGAUCAUUUUAAUUUAACCAGGAACAAACAUAUUGAGGCGCAGUUUUUAGCAAGUCUCCAUCAAGACACAGCGUCAUGCUCCCGUGAGACAGAUGCCUCUUCGUGGACAUGUUGGGUUCACCCGUAACUCUGUCUUUGUGCCCUAGCUAGUAGAAACGUUGUUUCUAGCCCAGAGUGCUAAUGCACCGUUUCCAUUUAUGUGAGUGAAAGUAGGCUAUAUCAAUAUAGUUACAGUACACCAGCGCUCUUAGGCAUGUUGCUACUGAUCCAGGGUCUCUCCCUCCCCCUCCCUCUUCACGACUGGCGUGACUGUUAGUCUGUAGCUAACGGCGUGUGUAUGUUGAAGGUCACAGGGUUGCACUGUGAGCUGACAUUUUUAUCACAUGCUCUCUCCCAAAGGGGAAACGAAGGUCGUUCGUUCACUUGGUUAGUUCAGUCGUCUGAGGUUGUGCGCUUACAUGUGUAUACAAGGAUAGUCCAAUCGGAUUCGGUCCCCAGAAGGGAAGGGGGACUCCGAAUGGAAAAGUCUAUUUGCGUUUUAGGGGCUAGGGUGUUGGGAAUAUAGGGAAGGAAUUUUCUGGGAGGAAGCCAGCGUGUGUUUGCCAGGAGGCAGAGUCAUAGAUCAUGUUAGGCCCUACUGUUAAAUAAUCUCUUUGAUAAAGGGUUUUCUCUUAAUUCCUUCACACACGCGCACACAGUGUUCGCAAGGUAAUGAGCUGGAUUGUCUUCUCUAAUGGUGUUUGGUGAAACGUCUAAUUAUCCUUUAUCUGUUUAGCAGUUGAAGAGUAUACAGGCAGAGAUUCUCUCACUCACACACUCGUAUCCUCAAUAACUCAUGACGCUGAACUCCUGAAAUCGCCCGGUUGCCUUAAAGCUGUGCAAAUAUGCAGUGGAAAAACAAAAUGGUGUUCCUGGAAGAAGACAUGUCAUCAUACUGUUCAUAACACAUUUUGAAUAUUUCGUCAUCCUCCCGCCCAGACCAGACCAGUGAGCAUGUCUGCAGAUUCGUUUGGCGCCGGGGGCAGCGAUGCCCAGCAGAGCCUGCAGUCCUUCUGGCCCCGCGUCAUGGAGGAGAUCAGGAACCUCACGGUGAAGGAUUUCCGCGUGCAGGAGUUGCCUCUCGCCCGUAUUAAGAAAAUCAUGAAGUUGGAUGAGGAUGUGAAGAUGAUCAGUGCAGAGGCUCCGGUGCUGUUUGCCAAGGCUGCUCAGAUCUUCAUCACAGAACUCACCCUGAGGGCCUGGAUCCACACGGAGGACAACAAGCGACGCACCCUGCAGAGGAACGACAUUGCCAUGGCGAUAACAAAGUUCGACCAGUUUGACUUCCUCAUCGACAUCGUGCCCCGGGACGAGCUCAAGCCCCCUAAACGACAGGAGGAGGUGCGUCAGACGGUGGCCCCAGCUGAGCCGGUCCAGUACUACUUCACCCUGGCCCAGCAGCCGGGGCAGGUCCAGGGUCAACAGCAGGGCCAACAGGCCACCGCCCAGCAGGCCACCACUAUACAGCCUGGACAGAUCAUCAUCACACAACCACAACAAGGACAGGUGCUGCAGGGGGCAACCAUGCAGCAGCUCCACCAGGUGCAGGUAGCCCAGUCACAGGGGACGCCCAUCACGAGUGCUCCGGUGACCAUGCAGGUGGGGGACCAGCAGGUCCAGAUCGUCCAGGCGUCCUCCCAGGGCCAGGCCCAGACGGUCCAAUCGGGAGGACAGACCAUGCAGGUCAUGCAGCAGAUCAUCACCAACACCGGGGAGAUCCAGCAGAUACCUGUGCAGCUCAACACCGGCCAGUUGCAGUACAUCCGGCUGGCGCAGCCCGUCUCUGGCACGCAGGUAGUUCAGGGUCAGAUACAGACGCUGGGGAACACUCAGCAAGUACAGAUUACACAGACGGACCAAGGCCAGCAGCAGUUCAACCAGUUUACCGACGGUCAGCAGCUGUAUCAGAUCCAGCAGGUGACGAUGCCAGCAGGGCAGGACCUGAGCCAGCCCAUGUUCAUUCAGUCCACCAAUCAGACGGCCGACGGACAGGUCACUGCGCAGGUCAGCGCCGACUAAAGGCCCCAGGUGUGCACGGCAAGCCCCCCCCC